UUUCCGUACUUCUCCUCUGAGCUCCAGCAAAACAAACACAUCCGCGUCAGGAGCGCGUGAAGCGAAAACACGCACAAGGACCAAAUGAUGUGGCCUGAAAAAGUGGGGCAACAGCUGCGUCGCCCAACACGUUCAGUAGCAGGGUGGCUGGCCAGUAAGUUCUUUAAAGUGUACAACCAUUUCCUUGAGAAGAACGCCGUGAAGCUGUGCGGGAUCCAACCUGGCGACACUGUGCUGGAAGUGGGCCAUGGCCCGGGUCUGGGUCUAGAAGCAGCAGCAGAACUGCUAACAGAGCCCACAGGCCGUCUUAUCGGGGUGGAUUACUCUGAGUACAUGCAUAAGAUGGCAAGCGAGAGAGUGAAGGAACUUGUGGCGAGUGGGAAAGUGACACUGCAUCACUGUAAUGUAGAAGCAAUGCCUCUUGCAGACAGCACAGUGGAUAAAGUGUUUCACUGUAACUGCUAUUACUUUUGGCCUGACCUCAGGAAGGGAGCCACUGAGAUACACCGGGUAAUGAAAGCAGGAGGCCUGAUGGUUACCACGCUGAGGCUGUCCGCUGUGAGGGUGGUAGCAGGAAAGAAUAUGAUUCCCGAUAAGAACUGGCACCCGGACACUUACAUGGUGGCUCUGAGAGACUCUGGCUUCACUGAUGUCAGGAUGGAAGACAAAAUGUACAAAAACAUCACUUUUCAGGCUAUCUUCGCCACGGCCCUGAAGUGAGAUAUCUACAGAUAGAGAUUAUACAUUCCUCUUUUUGGUCUGCAUUUUUGUUUUCAUAUUCUGAAUUUUCAAAACAGUAAAACUGAUUCAUCAUAAUGAAACCGAUUUAUAAUCAGAACUGUAUCAUCUAUCUACUUUGUUAAUUACACUCAGAAAUACACUAUGCAUGCACACAUGAUAUCUUUGAAACAUAACCAUGUUGUUAAGAAUGUUUAUAUAAACCCUAUUGAAGCAAAUUUAUGCAAAGCCAAUAAUUAAAACAAUGUUAAAUGUAA